CGGAGGAGGAUCUACGGGUAGGUGGGCUGGUGCGGACCGACCGGUAGGCAGUCUGGCACGGAGAGCACUGCACUGAGCACUCCCUGUGAGAUGCGCGCGCUCAAUUUGCUGAUUCUUUCACGAACUCCCGCGCACGCCGGGAGAGAAGCUUGCCCCCACGCCCACGCCCACGCCCACGCCCGCGCCCUGUAGCCCAAGGCUGGACCGCGUGACGACCCUCAAGGCGCAACCCGCCUGUAUAUGCGCGCCAGCUAUGGUUAAUGUAACCCGGGGACAUCUCGACCUCUCAGAGCCAGCAGGCAGGUCCUCUGUUCUACUCUGUUCUAUUUUGGAAACGCUGAACUUUCGUCCACGGCAAACACGCAGGCGUCUUCGCGUGAAUGAACUUCUGCCGCUGUGGGGGGAAGGGUUGGGGCGAGGAACCGUAUUCGUGCUGCUCGCACAGCUGCUGAGCGAUAAGGCAAGAAUCGAACGCACGAAUGUACGUGUGAGGAAGGGGACACAGAUGGGCGCGUAAUUAACUGCGGGAGCACAUGAGGUAGGUCGGUCGCGGUAAGUCAGCACGCUCAUCUCGGCGGCAAGGUCCUUCUCCAUCUAUCUCUCUUUCAUUAGAAAGGGAAGACCGUCCUGCCGUCCGCCCACCCUUUUCCCCUCGUCUGUCCGUCUUCCCCUCCGCUUGCGCUUGUUGUCUGUUUGGCGACGUCGGUGUAGAGGAAGGAGGCAAUUUGUCGAAGCGCUCGCUCGUUCGUUCGUUCCUUCCCCCUUGUGCUCGUCUGUCAGCUUAUCUGCCCUAUCGUUUUCGCGCUUGUGUGGAAUACUUUUUGGCCGUUCUCACUUAUUUUUUCGGUUUUUUCUUUGGACCAAUUGUUUCGUUCUUGAAAUUUGGUACCGAUUCAUAGUGUUGUUUCGUAUUCGCUUCGCUUCACUUGGAUUUGAUGUGUGUUUGUCGUUUUCUUCAGAAGCCCUUUUUGAUGUUAUCUUAAGAUAACGACUGUUGGAGGAAGGAUGGGAGCGAGGAGAGAAGCUUGUCUUUCUUUCGCUGUCCUGGAUAUGGUUUUGAGCGCUCCCACGUUGGGGGAUUGUCGAGAAGAGGCUGUGGAGGAGGGGGAGGGGGAGGGGGAAAUGGUUCUCUUUCCCCCCCUUGUGUGUCUGUGAUGGUGUAGCAUGUACUUAGUCGCAAUUCAGAGACUCGUUAUGCCGAUGUGGUGUGUGGUGGGGUAGCGACAGAACGGAGAGCACGGUGGUCCCUCUUUUGAAAAUGCAAUCUAUUGCUGUAUGUUUGGUACAAGGCGGACAAGCGAUGUAGGUAUAUGUCUGACGAAGAAGAUUGGGGGGGGCAGGUUUUGGGUGGAUGGUAGUAUGCGAUACGAGGUCGCUCGCAAGUGAUUGAUUGAGUGAGAGACUGAAAGGAGAUGUGGACACUGCACGGCUCGUUAAGGCUGGCAAGUGAUUGAUUGAGUGAGAGAAAGGCUGGGUUUUGACAGGUCUAGGUGGAAGUAGGGUAGCAGGGAUGGAAGGAGAGGAGGAGGGCGGCGUGUAGCUUCGCUUAGGCCCGAGGAGCUAGCCUCGGGUAAUUUCACUUACCGUCUCCCCCCGAACAUAACGCACCCUAAAAAUGAAUGUAUACAGGCUAUAUUUUCAGCCAGAUACAGCCAAAAUAAGGGUGCGUUGUGCUCGGGGGAAGACGGUAGUCGUCGUUUUCUUGGGUUGAUUCUCCCUGCGGCCUUUUGCUUUUCGUUUUUCCGCCGCACUUUAGUCCUGCCUGCUGUGUUUCGGGUCGCUGCAUCGACUUGUCUGAGAAGAGUCUCUGAUCUAGAACGGAGGAAGGGGGGGGGGGGUGAGACGAGUCUCCGAUCAUGAAGAGGGGAGUGGGGAGUAGGGAGAGGUGGUUGGCAGCGUUGGAGAACGGGAGAAGUAGGAAGAAGGCAGGAUACAAUAAUUCUCAAUGUUCGCGACGGAGGUCGUGAAAAUAAGUCGCGCUCUCGGACUUUUUGCAUUUUUUCGGAGAUGUUCGCUGUCGUACGAGUGGAUGGAACUUAAGCAAGCGAGUUGC